CUUGGCAGUGAUUGAGCAGCGGGGUGAAAAAUAAAAAAGGAAGAUUGGGAGAGAGAGAGAGAGAGAGAAGGGAGAGACCGAAAGAAGAAAAAGAAAGAGAGAAAGAAUAUGGCUUUGCCAAUUCUUCUUCUUCUUCGUCUUCUUUUUUAAUCCUUUUGAGAGCUUUCCAGUUUUCAAAAGGGGGCUUCGAGCUUAUCAUUCUCUCAUUUGUUAUAGCAUCAUCUUCUUCUUUUGUUUUUCCUCCGUUCACCACCCAUAGUCGUUUCAAAUGCCAGCUGGCUUCGAUUUUUUGUAAUGGCGGUUGGUUUUCGUUGGACGCUAAUUGGCCUUCUUCUCUGAAUCUGUGGUAUAGGCAUUAAUUGAAAUCUGGUCUUACCAUUGAAGAAAUAUGGAUUUUCAAUCAAAGAAGAGAUGGAAAUCUGUGGUGCCACGUCUUUUGAAGAACAAAUCAGCCUCUCGUUGUUUGUUUCCAAAGGUGAAGCCAGCUAGUUUUGAUCCGGGCAGUGCACCAGUGUAUCUCAAUGUGUAUGACCUAACACCCAUGAAUGGCUAUUUCUACUGGGCAGGCCUUGGUAUCUUUCAUUCUGGUGUGGAAGUUCAUGGCGUCGAAUAUGCAUUUGGAGCUCAUGACUAUCCAACCAGUGGUGUAUUUGAGGUUGAACCACGACAAUGCCCGGGCUUCAAGUUCAGGAAGUCAAUAUUCAUUGGGACCACGUCACUGGACCCAAUCCAAGUAAGGGAAUUCAUGGAGCGUAAUUCGGCAAGGUACAACGGAGAUACAUAUCACUUGAUCGUCAAGAAUUGCAACCAUUUCUGCAAGGAUAUUUGUCACAAGCUUACUGGGAAACACAUUCCUAAAUGGGUAAAUCGACUGGCUAAAAUAGGUUCAAUGUGCAACUGCAUUCUUCCCGAAGCCCUUAAGACAUCUGUUGUGCGGCACGAUCCAAAUUAUCAACCAUAUGAUAGUGAGCGAAGGAGGCUUAGAUGCACCUUCAGCUGCCUAUCUUCGGUGUCAAUGCGACAGAAGUCUUCAUUACUUAUACAAUCACCCUUAAGAGGCUGCCUACCGCCAUGGGAAUCAAAAAGAUCGAACAAUGUUUUACUGAAGGAAAGGUGAGAGACAGCCGGAUGGGGUUUCCUUUGGCAUCUGAGUGAAUGUUCAGCAGGCAAGCUCCAUAAGCUUUAAUAGUUGAAGAUUUCUAUAGGAGUUGUCUUUCUAGUUUGUGGAGUAGGUUGUCAUCUCUGUAACACUAAUGUGUUGUUAAAAUUUUUAUAAGAUGCUGAUCCGUUCCUAUCCGAAGUAGGCCGUUGUAUUAUCAAUGCAGGGUUCUGGUGAUGACACAGAUCAUCAACGAUUAGAGAAAGUAGUAUAUAUUUUCUGGUC